UUUUCCUGAUAAAAAGUAAGUCUAUGUGUAUGUUUGGCAGCUAAAGAACAGAUAUUCCAUUUUAUAGCUCUACUUUCGGUUUACAAAUACAUUUAACCAGUGCACUUUCGGUUUAAAAUCGAACCAGGAUUUGGAUACAAUGAAGUAUCAGGUCUAUAACUUGUUGCAGUCUUCCGUACUAUUCAGCCUUUGUGGAAAUGCAGGUUCCCCACUGCACGUAUAUGAACAACUUCUAGCUUAUGGACAUCUCGAAAAGGCUCUGCAAGCUCCGGUUGGUGGGUUCUCCCUUCCGACCGGCAUGUCUAUCCAUUAUAGUAGUCAGGAUUCGAAAAUGCGUGAUUCUGUAGAAAUGCUGAGGAUAAUGUUUGAUCAAGUAGCAACGAUAUUCUAUAAAGCAGAAGUGUUAGAGGGAAGCAACCUGCUUAAUUAUUACAACAAAAUUAAUUCCGUGACAUCUGUCACCGAUCUUGACGUGCAUGCUAUGUCGCUGACGUUGAAUGGAGCUAAACAGGCGUUUAAAAAAGUUGAGGACAACAUGAUUGCUUUGCAAGGAGAAGUUCAUUUUCUUAUAGAAACUGUUAGGCGUAGAAUUCAAGAGCUGCGAAACGAAAUCCAAGAGAAUGAGGUAGAGCGCCAAACUUUGGACGAAAAAAUGAAAAUUUUGGGAGAGAAAAUACGCGACUAUGAUAACAGCGCACGAGAUUCUGACAGACAAGCCAGGUAUAUGGAGGCUGAAGCUCGAAGAAUGGCAAGAGAAGCAGACGAAGCCGCUGCUUGGGGAGGUGUGGAGCUGGUUGGGGCAGCGGUAUCAGGUGUCAUUGGGCUUUUUACCGGUGGAGUUGGGUUUGCCGUACCUUUUGUCGUACUAGGCGGUUUAGGUGUUAAAAAUGUGCGUGAUGUGGCCCAUUACAGGUCUCGAGCUCAAGAUUUCAGAGAAGAUGCCUAUAGAUCCAGGAACAGAGCAGAUGAACUACGCCGACAAGUGAGAUUAUCCGAGAGAUCAGUAAUUCAACUAAAAGAGAAUGCCGAAUAUAUUCAGCGCCAGAUUAUUCAGUUGGAGUCUUCACAACGCAGAAUAAAUGAAUUAUCAAAAUCGUUACACGGUUCUGUUGGGGCGACAAAUGAAGUCAUCCUAAUGCUGCAAAAUAUUGUAGUUGCUGUGACUAAUGCUGAACUUAGUGCUAAAUCUCUUCAAGAUCUGUUUAAACAUCUGCCUCAAGUUAUGGAAAAGGCAUCUGUAUCACAACUGAAAACUACCAAAUCAGCAUGGACAAGUAUACAGGAACUUCUUUUGAUACAUCACAAGCUCCUCACGUGAGCACACACUUCUCACGUGAUCAUUCUUUCUUAAUUGAAUGUUCCUAAUUUUUAUGAUAAAAACAGAUAAUAAGUGUUCAGAUAGAGACUAUGCAUAAUCACAUGGUUUUCUUCAAUUUUGCACAUGAACGUAUACUGCUAGCGCCAUAAAGAGAGAUAACAGGCACGAAUGGAUUCAAGCAUACUUUCUACUAUGUUAAACAAAUAAUACUUGUUUUAUUUAAAGUUUAAACCUAUGACAUAUAUAAGAUAACAAGUACCAAAACAUAGGCAAGAUGGCAAGAAACUGAUACAUAUUAUGUUCAUAACUAACAAAAAAAAUACGACCCGUUAAAGGCCAAGUAAAAACAGUUUAUCCCUUUUGCUUUUACGCUGCUUUUAAGACAUUAGUUCGGGCUGUUACAGCGAAUCUGUGUCUUUGCUUGGUGUGUGAUAGACAAUCUGUCCUCAUAUAAUGGCGAAUGUUUUGGCCUAACUAAACUAAAGGAACCAGCGUGGGGGCCAUCUGGUCUAAUCGCGUAAUGGCUGCCAGGUAUUUGAACACUAAUUUUUCACUUGGCAUGGCAACAGAGGUCUAAAUUGAAGCUAGUUACUGUUUAAAUUUCAUUGUGGAUGUAUUGUUGACAUUUUGGUAGGAAAAAUGGGAGAGCAGGUUGUAUUUGGUGAAGUCAAGCUCAAUUUUAGUAUGAGUAGUACUUCCAGGUCACAGCAGUGUGAUUUUGAUGUCAGUUUACAGUAAGCAAAUGUGACCAGAGAAAUCUCUCUUAGAAGAUACAUGACCCCUACUUAUCUCUUCAUUUUAUAUCAGUUUUAUCAUAAAUCUUUAAAAUGAGGUAAGGAUUUGUUCUCUGAAAUGGGUCUAGCUAUGUUUGGUAGCUCUUUAUAAAAGGUCAGUUUUAUAUAGAAUAUAUAGGGAAAACUAUUUAGCUAAUUGUGACCUUUUAUAAUAAUAACAUGAACAGUACGUUGAUUGGUAGGCAAGAAUUAGAAAAAAAUGAAAGUCCAUUAUGCUAAUCUAAUAUGAGCUAUUUUUAAUUACGCAUUUUAGACGUUAAAAUGCGCGAGGUUUGACUUGCGCGCCUCGAGUGGUCCAGGUCUGGCAAAAUCUACUUGAGUCGAGUAUCCCAUAUCCCAGAUUCCCAGCUCAAGAAAUUGCUAUCUAUGUAAACAUGAAAUAAAUAUGAUUAUUAGUAUGAGUAGUAUCGUGUGUUUGGUUAAAAAUAGUAUUCCUGUAAUAAGUACAUGUAUAUAACUAGCCACAUUAUGACUUUGUACUAUCACUAAAAACUGGCUGUUUUUUAUUUAAAGAUAUGACAUUUAAUUGUGAACAUAGCUUUACAGACAGGUUAACUGCAUGUCAGGAAGAGUAUUUUAGUAAAAUAUGAGCCGAAGUGCAUCUUUAAGACGUAAUUGUCCUUAUUCUAGCAUGGGUUUGAGCUAUAUCAGCAUUUACUGCUUUGUCCGAAGUUCUUCUGCUGAAGUAGGAAGUCAAAGACGUGUUCGGCUCUUUCAGACCCUUCGGAAUUGCUGUGUUAGGUAAAUUGUAUGGCUUUUAUAAUUUUCGUUUGCCUUACAAAAUGAUCGCUUUUGUUAUCAGUUUUGUGAUUUCCUUAUAGAAAGAUAUUGUUCUAUCUAGUUGUACUUUUUAUGAAAACGGAUAAGAUGCCUAACUGUGUGGUAACAUAAACCGGUGUCACCCGUCUAUGGGGUAAUUGGGAGUUGUGUUGUAUCCAAAACUGAUUUAUUGUUGAAUAUUGUUGCAUGUAUAUAUAGCUUUAUAAUGAAAGCGGAAUAGAUUUUUACAAGGAUUUUCAGU